AUGUCGGACACUCGGCGGCGAGUGAAAGUUUAUACGCUUAACGAAGACCGCCAGUGGGACGACCGGGGCACUGGGCACGUUUCGUCGACGUUUGUGGAACGGCUCAAGGGAAUAUCGUUAUUAGUUCGGGCCGAAUCCGAUGGGUCACUACUGUUGGAGUCCAAGAUUAGCCCUAAUACUGCAUAUCAGAAACAACAGGACACGCUGAUCGUCUGGUCUGAGGCAGAUAAUUAUGACCUGGCUUUGAGUUUCCAGGAGAAAGCGGGCUGCGAUGAGAUCUGGGAAAAGAUAUGCCAGGUGCAAGGGAAGGACCCUGCCCUGGACGUCACCCAAGACACGAUCGAUGAAUCUGAGGAGGAGCGUUUCGAGGAGAUCCCCGAGACAACCCUCCUUGUUGAGCUCCCUCCUUGUGAGCUCAGCCACCUAGAGGAGAUUGCCGACCUAGUGACGUCUGUGCUUUCGUCACCCUUCCGACGGGAAAAGCUGGCGUUGGCCCUCAUGAGCGAGGCCUACCUCAAGAAACUGCUGGGCCUCUUUAGAGUGUGCGAGGACCUGGACAACCGGGAAGGUCUGCACCACCUGUACGAGAUCGUACGCGGUGUCCUCUUCCUCAACAAGGCCGCCCUCUUCGAGGUGAUGUUCUCGGAUGACUGCAUCAUGGACGUGGUGGGCUGCCUGGAGUAUGACCCAGCGCUGGUGCAGCCCAAGCGCCACCGAGAGUUCUUGACCAAGACGGCCAAAUUCAAAGAGGUGAUUCCCAUUACGGACUCUGAGCUCAGGCAGAAGAUCCACCAGACGUACCGCGUGCAGUACAUCCAAGACAUCAUCCUGCCCACGCCAUCGGUCUUCGAGGAAAACUUCCUCUCCACGCUUAAUUCCUUCAUCUUUUUCAACAAGGUGGAGAUAGUUAGUAUGUUACAGGAGGACGAGAAGUUCCUCACCGAGGUUUUUGCGCAGCUCACGGACGAAGGCAUAGACAACAGUAAAAGACGAGAGCUUGUGAACUUUGUCAAGGAGUUCUGCACUUUCUCACAAACGUUGCAGCCUCAAAACAGGGAUGCCUUUUACAAGACGCUGGCCAAUCUUGGCAUUUUACCCGCGCUGGAAAUUGUCAUGGGAAUGGACGACCUGCAGGUGAGGGCAGCAGCUACGGACAUCUUCUCCUACUUGGUGGAAUUCAGCCCCUCCAUGGUCCGAGAGUUUGUCAUGCAAGAACUGCAACAGAACGACGAUGAUGUGCUGCUCAUCAACGUGGUGAUCAAACAGAUGAUCUGCGACUCUGACCCCGAGUUGGGUGGCGCCGUCCAGCUGAUGGGGCUCCUCAGGACGCUGAUUGACCCAGAGAACAUGCUGGCUCCCAACAAUCGACUGGAAAAAACAGAAUUCCUAAGUUUCUUCUACAAGUACUGUAUGCACGUUUUAACCGCACCUCUGCUGGCUAACACGGCUCAUGACAAAAACUCAAAUGAUUCAGAAGAAGGAUCCGCCAUGAUCAACCCUGUUUGUCCAGAUAACUUCCAGACAGCCCAACUUUUGGCUCUUAUCCUGGAGUUGCUCACCUUCUGCGUGGAGCACCACACAUAUCACAUCAAGACAUACAUUAUGAACAAAGACCUGCUGCGGCGGAUGCUGGUGCUCAUGAACUCCAAACACACCUUCCUCGCUCUCUGUGCGCUGCGUUUCAUGCGGCGUAUCAUCGGCCUGAAAGACGAGUACUACAACCGCUACAUCAUCAAAGGGAACCUGUUCGAGCCGGUCAUAAAUGCGUUGUUGGACAACGGCACGCGAUACAACCUCCUCAACUCUGCCAUUAUCGAACUCUUUGAGUUCAUCAAAGUGGAGGACAUAAAGUCCCUCAUCGCACACAUUGUGGAUAACUUCUAUAAAGCGCUUGAGCCCAUUGAAUAUGUACAGACGUUCAAGGGGCUAAAGGGACGAUACGAGCAAGAGAAAGACAGACAGAGUCAGAAACUUACCAGCCCUAAUUUCAAUGCUUUUCGCAGAUACAGGCGAGAUGCUCGCUCACUGGACGAGGACGAAGAACUUUGGUUCAAUGAGGACGACGAUGACGACGAGGCAGAGGCGGUGGACAAAAGCCGCUUGGAAGAUGACUACUCCGACGGAUACGGCAAGUACAUGGAGGCCAAAAAAGGUAAGGAGCCUUUUUGGUUUUAUAAGAUUCGAAUUGCUAGAACGCUACUGGCCCCUCGAAACCUGUUGGUGACGGCGGACUUCUUUCACACUACUUCACACUGCCAGGCUCCCCCGGCAUACCUGUGCAAUAGCUGCUCUUCGCAUGAGAGUACUGCUCUGGUCGGUUUGGUGGACUACCCCGACGAUGAGGAUGAAGAGGAGGAAGACGAGGAGGAGGAAGAGGAGCAAUCCCCCAGGAAGCGACCUCGUCUCAGCUCUUAA